AAAAUAAUAAUAUUACAAUCCCCUUCCCUGGAACCUUGGUUGGUCGAUGGUUAGAAUGGCGUAGAUGUUGUUCAUAUAGGACUCACCACUUCAACUGCUAGAAAAUCUCCGUUCUCUGAUCUUUGUAAUUGCCAACAUGGAGAGGCCGAGGAAAAGGGAUACCAAUGCUGCUCUUGCAGCUGCCAUUGUCUUAGUUGCAGAAAUUUUUGUGCUUGCGGCCAUCAUAAAAUAUGUUCCAUACACGAAGAUCGACUGGGAUGCUUACAUGUCACAGGUGGAAGGUUUCAUGGAAGGGGAAAGGAAUUAUGCGGAGCUAAGAGGAGACACAGGGCCCCUAGUCUAUCCUGCGGGUUUUCUCUAUUCCUUCUCCGUCAUUCGCUUUCUUACUGGGGGCGCACUCUUCCCUGCUCAGGUCAUCUUUGGUAUUUUGUAUAUUGUAAACCUUGGAAUUAUUUUGCUGAUCUACACAAAGACUAAUUUGCUUCCAUGGUGGGCUCUCCUCUUGCUUUCUUUGUCAAAAAGAGUUCAUUCAAUUUUUGUUUUACGACUCUUCAAUGAUUGCGUAGCUGUGACUCUUGUUCAUUCUGCAAUUGCCUUGCUCCUGUACAAGCAUUGGUAUCUUGGCUUGAUUAUGUUUAGUGGAGCAGUUUCAGUGAAGAUGAACGUGCUUCUCUAUGCACCUCCUUUGUUAUUACUAAUGCUGAAGGGAAUGAGUACUAAGGGAGUGAUUCUUGCCUCAUUUUCUGCUGCAGCAUUCCAGGUACUAUUGGGGUUUCCGUUUCUUGUGGCAUACCCAUUUGAAUACAUACUAAGAUCCUUCAACCUUGGUCGUGUUUUCAUACAUUUCUGGUCGGUCAAUUUCAAAUUUGUUCCUGAAUCAAUUUUUGUAUCAAAAGCAUUUGCUAUUGCUUUGGUGGUUGUCCAUCUCCUCCUCCUUUUUUUCUUCGCUAGGUGCAAAUGGUGCAGACAUGAAGGAGGCAUUCUUCCAGCAAUAGGUUUAAAAUGUGAUGACAGCAAAUGCAGUACUUUUUUGCAUAAACUUUUUGUCAAAGUCUGGUUUGACAAUUCAAUACCUUGCAAUUUGGAUGCAGAACAUAUCACAACUGUCAUGUUUGUGGGAAAUUUCAUUGGUAUUAUAUGUGCUCGAUCAUUACACUACCAGUUUUAUUCUUGGUACUUCUACAGUUUACCAUUCCUCUUAUGGAAAGCACCAUUUCCAACUCCGUUACGGCUACUUUUAUUCUUUGGAGUAGAAAUUUGCUGGAACAUAUAUCCUUCAAACGCUAUUUCAUCUUUUAUAUUGCUUCUCUUCCAUUUGAUUAUUCUAUGGGGACUUUGGAGGGCCCCUUCAGAAUAUCCUUAUGCUCGGCAUGAAAAGACUGGAAAAGAAGUUUGAUGAACUUUGUCUAUUUCUAUAUUAUGAACAACACUUUCUAGCAUAUUGACAAUGGUUAGAGGGCUCUAACCAUAUAUUUUGACAUUUGUUCAAUUUCAUUCUAAAUUAUUAAAUAUUGGUUUUAAUUCAGAACCAAUAAAGGGAGUGGGAAUGUAUAAUGCUGUGUUACCAGGAGACCAGUCCCUGGAGGUCCGUACCAGUACCGGAGAUGCGUCUCCGGUACCGGAUACUUCUCUGGAAACUUCUUGAUGCAUAAGGUGCUUUUGGCUGCUGCCUUCUGCCAUCUCCGAAGUCUCCCAACUAAAAAUUGACGUCUCCUCCAAGAAAAAUUAGGGCAAAAUGCAGUAAAAAGGCAAAAACAAUAAAGCAAACAAAUAAGAUAAGCUUGCAACAAAGCAAAGUCGUAGGGAAUGGACCAAUAAGGAAACUGUUUCACAGGAAGACAAAAAUCCAUGCAAAGUUAUAGUGAUCAGAUCUAUUGACAGUGUAGACUUUUUGAGAGGACCUAUUUCUUAUCAUUGUAAUAGUCUAAAGAGAAAUCGCCUUUACUAUUUAGCCGACAAUAUUGAGUGUGCUCAACAUCUAUAUUACCUUACUUUCACUAAACAAUUUAGACUGGCUAUGGUAUGAGCAAAAUAAGCAAUUUUAAUUUCAA